CACAGUGCUCUGCGCUGCUGCCUGGAGACGGCGCAGCCUGGAGGCUACCGUGGGACACGAAGGCGUGGACUGAGCGGCGGGGCGGGGCCACCUCCGACGGGAGGUGGGGCCCUUUGCCCUCCUCACCCAGCCUUGAGGUGCGGCGUUUUUCCCAGUGGGCUUCGGACUUCUUGCCGUUUUCGGUUCCUCUUAGCCCUCUGAGGUCGGAUUCUCUCUUCCCUGUUCCGGAACGAAGCGGGGAUUCUUUUUUUUUUUAACUCUGCAGGUGCUGAUGUUCACCCUUAAUCUUUUCACCCCUCCCAAUUUUGUAAUAAUGGUAUUAAGGAUAACUGUUACCUAAAAAAAUUUUAACGAGAACCACUUUGCCAGUAUAGUGGUAGGGAUGGCGACACAGACAGAGUUGGGUAUGACUGGACCUCGGGGCUCAGUUCGGGCUGGUCAGGUAACAAAAGAUCAGUAAGCAGCCUGUUGUAAGAAUAACAUUCGCACUCAAAAACAAACCCUGUUAAAGUUGGAUUUAUUUUUCAGUUCUUCGAAUUGUUCAUCAUGCAUCUUUUCGAGUCUAAAACAUCAGCAUGGUUUUGCAGUGGCUUUUUAAGUUGUAUCAUUUUCAUUAUUUCAUACGUAGAAAUUGUCCUUACUUCUACUGAGCAGAAAUGCUGCUUUUUUUCUUGAAACUUGCUUUCUCAGGUCACCCUUAAUUUCCCUGUUUUUUGAUAGAGACAUGAGUACAGAGAAAUAUUUCCUUAUUAUGAAAAAAGCAACAGCAAAUGUGUUGAUAAAUGGCAACCGAAACUGUUUCGGCUAGAGGUUAUAGAGUUUGGUGGGGGAACUCUCCAUUUGGAUAGAAUAUAUUUGGUUUGAAGUUGUCAGGUGGUUCUCUGUUCCAGCCAGUUGCUGUCUAGUUGGGAUUGGGCCCCCUGUCUUAGAUAUUUAAGAGAAGCCGGAAAUCUGGACGUUAUGGACUAUUUCCAUUUUUAAAUAAUGGCUCAAAAGUGAAGGCCAGACAAAGCAAGUCAUAGGCCAGGUGCAGUCCCAGGCCAAUAGUUUGCUAUCUUAGAUUUAAAUUAUAAGCUCUUUAGAACAGGGGCUUACUUUGUUCAUUCUUGUUCUCAAUGCCCCUAACAGAUCCCCUCACAUAUUUGGUAGUCAAUAAAUGUGUUGAGUAAAAGAAAGAAGAAAUGGCCACUUACCUUAAAAAGUUAUUAGGGAUCAGGUAGUAGUGAUUGCCUAAAACAUUUCUAGAGAGAGAAGAAUGACAUUUAUUGAGCACCUGUUAUACAUCAUACAAAAAGUGCAUUAUCCCAUUUAAUGCUUCUACAAUCCUACUGAAAAAUUUCCCCAUCCCCUACUUUAUGUAAGGAAAGAGGCUGAGGAAAGUGAAGUCACUUACUCCAGACUAUAUAGCCAGUGAGUGAAAAGCCAGUGGCUUCUGAUGCAACUAGGGCUAGAGAGCUGCAAGAUUGGCUUUUGUCCUGAACUACUUGUAGCUAUGGACUUGCCAGAUGAAAGCCAGUGGGACGAAACUACCUGUGGCCUAGCUGUUUGUCAGCAUCCACAAUGCUGGGCAACUAUUCGCCGGAUUGAGAGGGGCCAUCCUCGAAUUCUGGGCUCCUCCUGCAAGUCUCCUCUGAAUGCUGAAGACAGACUCCCAGUGCUCACCCUUGUAAACAUCGCAGAUUCCUGCUUCCAGGCCAGGAGACUUGCCCAUCAUCAUUUAUCAGAAUUUACCUUCACCAAGCCUCACUCUUUAUUGCCUCAAGGUUCAAAGUUUGGCUCCGAAUUUCAAGGCAGGCCUUGGAAGGAUUUACCCAACAAAGACUUGAUAAACCGUACUAAUAGAUCUCCCAAACUGUCAGUGCUGAAUUUGAAUGAGACACAACUUCCCAGUGCUCAAGAUGUUAGAAAUAUGGUUGUAAUCUGGAUCCCAGAAGAACCAGAGAAGCAUGUGGGUCUUGCUGAGAAGAAGCAUAUUGUUACCAGCCAGGAUGGGAGGAUGAAAAGAAAGAAAUAUACAGAGAAAGACAAGUCAGCUCAGUUCUUCUAUGAAAACCAAAACACAGAAACACAGUUGGGACCUCUAAGGACAAUUGUGUCUCCUCCCUCCCCAGUACAUUUGUUUGAGCAACCAAGUUCGGAAUCCGCACCCUUGUGGAAGCGAUGUGACAUGUUACCUCAGGAUCUCCUGGAGGACCUCUUACUGGAUAAAGGGAAACCCAUACCUUAUCCAGAGAUGAAGACACAUUUGGCCAUGAUGAAAAAGAAACCUCCCCUGGAGAAGAGCCACCCCGACAGUGCCAUUUCUGCUAAGAUGUGUUUAACUGUACACCGCCUCACCCUGCAGAGACCAGCAUUGCGAUACCCUGAACAUUUAAAGAAACUCAAUUGUAAUCUGACAACAGAAGGUCGUAAGAGGAAGCAGCAGCGGCAGCAGCAGAGGAGGGUGAAGACACCUACUAGGAAGCAGGAGGCUAAAAAGAAAUCCAAGAGUGAACCAGGGAGUCAUAAUGCUUCGCAGAAACGUUCAGAUCACAGAAAUCUACCAGGUCAGGAAAGUCGCAAAAAGCAGCAGAAGCAGAUGAAGAUAGAAGGCCCCACCUUGAAACAGGCAUUUCAGGAUUCCACAGAGAAACCACAGGUGGACUACUCUAAGAAACACCUGGAUUCAUUCCCCAGUAAGAAGAGUCCUGAAUUACCUAGAAUAGAAUGCACUCACAAGGACAUCAGGACUCAGAUGGAGGUUUUGCUGGAAGCCCAAAAGAGGACCCCAAACAGUACUUCUGGAAUAGGCUGGAACCCUGAGCUCAAACUGCUGAGGAUUCUUCAGGCCACUGGUGAUGAAGAUGAGGAGAACCAGCCCUCUGGGGCACAGAGUGAAGAAUCUCUGGAGGCAUAG